AUGAGUACUAAAGAAAAAGAAAAUUUUAUCGAAAAAUUUGAAACUUGGUCUAGCGGGGAUGAUUGUAUUGAUACGAUUAUCCAAGAAUCUCAGAUAUAUAAUUAUGAAUUUAAUCUACAAUGGAUACCUUAUGAAAAUUUUUAUGAUACCAAACAAAUAGCUGAUAAUGAAUAUUACACAUUGCAUUUGUCUAAAUUAAGAAAACACACAGUAGUCAAAUGGGAUCGUGAAGAUUGCGGUGUUGUUGCUUUGAAGGAAUUAAAAGAUUAUGGAUAUGAUAUUUUUAAAUUUAUUGAAGCGAUUAGGAAUAUAGCAAUUGAUGGUUAUUAUUCUUCUUGUAUCACUAGAUUUUUUGGAGUUUCAAAAAAUCCUUCUACGCAGAACUACAUUAUUGUUAUGGAAUCACAAGAUUACGCUAUUCAUAGUUUUUUAUCCGAUCACUUUCUAAAAAUUUGGUGGGGGUCAAAAACAGUGUUACUACGUCAAAUAAUAGAAAAUCUUAAUACUUUACAUGAGAAUAAUAUAGUUCAUUGUGAUUUACAUAGUAGAAAUAUUUUAAUGAAAAAUUAUGCUGAUGAUAAUAGAGAAAUAAUGAGUGAACAAAAAUUACUUCGAUCUUUAUAUAAUUUUCACCCUCAGUCCUGUUAUAUUAGUAGACACAUUUAUACUCUUUAUGGAUUGCAAGAUUCAUUAGAAGAUAUAAAAUCUGGAAAAUAUCCUAAUUUAUAUACUCACGAUAUGGAUUCUAAGAAAUCGUCAAAAUGUAUUGAUUUGGAAACAUAA